AUGGCAGAGGAAUGUUUAAAGCAAGCAAAUGACUUGUGCGGGUUACUGCUACUAUAUUCUUCUCAGGGAGAUGCCGAUGGGAUAACUCAACUUGCAUCUCUUGCCAAAGAGCAUGGGAAGAACAAUGUUGCUUUCCUCUGUCUAUUUAUGUUGGGUAAAUUGGAGGACUGCCUUCAGCUGUUGGUUGAUAGCAAUCAGAUACCUGAAGCUGCAUUGAUGGCUCGCUCUUAUCUUCCUAGUCAAGUGUCAGAAAUCGUGGCUCAUUGGAGAAAGGACCUCAAUAAGAUCUGGGAUGAUGUUUCUGGGAAAAGCAUUACUACUUCCGCAUCGCAACUGGAAGAUCUUAUUGAUAGAGCUCUUGAGCUUGGAUCUGCUACUGCAUCUGCAAAAAAUUAUGGUCGGAAAUAUAUUGUAUACGGCAAGAACUUUAGAUAG